AUGUCUCUGAAUGACCAGCUUGAUAAGUUCAAAAGGCAGCAAGUGAAAUGCCAAUCCACGCUUUCGAGCAUUGCUUCUUCAAGAGCUGCUGCACCUCCUUUGAGGCGGCCCGUGCCUGCCGCAAUAACUCAGAAGCCUAAGCCUCCCGAUGGUGCCAAGUUUUCAAACGACACCGAGCGGCUUCAGCUCAUUAACAGCAUCAGAAAAUCUCCUGUUGGAGCUCAGAUCAAGCGUGUCAUUGAUCUCCUCUUCGAGACAAGGCAAGCCUUUACGCCGGAGCUGAUAAACGAAGCGUGUCAUGUGGAUAUGAAAGCCAAUAAGGCUGUUUUUGAUAGUAUGAGGAAAAACCCAAAAGCGCAUUACGACGGAAGAAGGUUCUCUUACAAGGCUGAGCACAAUGUCAAUGACAAGAGCCAGCUUCUUUCCUUGAUAUAUAAGAAUCCUGAUGGCAUUGCCGUGAUUGAUCUCAAAGACGCUUACCCUAAUGUCAUGGAGGAUUUGCAGGCCCUUAAAGCUUCAGAAGACAUCUGGUUGCUAUCAAACUCACAAGAAGACAUUGCGUAUCCAAAUGAUUUCAAGUGCGAGAUUAAGGUUCAUGACGACUUUAAAGCUCUGUACCGUGACACGGACGCCCCAAGCGACAUGAUGGACGUGGAGAAGGAGCUGCUCAAGAAUGGUUUGAAGGCGGCGACAGACACUGCGGCGAGGAGAGCUGCUGCGCAGAUGCAGGGGAUACCCAUGAACAAACCCAAGAGUAAGAAGAAGAAGAAACAGGAGAUCAGCAAGAGAACUAAACUCACCAAUGCCCAUCUUCCCGAGCUCUUCCAGAGCCUUAACGCCACUAGUUCCCGGAACUGA